UGCAGUGAUAGACCGAUAUAGAUUUGUAUCAAAAUAAUCCGAAGCUAUUUAUAAAUAUUAUUUUCUCAGCUUUUACUUAUGUUCAAACGUUAAUAGUAACGUCUAGUCUAUAAUUAACUCGGAAAGUUUAUAAAUAUUACAGUAUUCCAUCGUGGUGUCCUGAGUUACAUCGGGUUGUAAGGUUGCCAUUUUUUAGUGAAAAUAGUGCGGGGCGUUUUUCUCAGUGGUUUGUGCCGUGCAGGAUAGUGUAGUGUCGUUGGUGUGUCGCGAGUGUCCUUGGCUUACGUUGUGAUGCUUUCAGGUUCGCACAGAAAUGCAAGUAGUGUCAGAGCCAAGGUAAUACCAGUGACUGAGGUGUGAGUGUAAGACUGAAGGAUGCGGGCGCAGUGAGUGGGCAGGCGGCACCACGGCUUCGUCAGUGGCAGGCGGCGCGCGGGGAGCAGAGUCUCCUUCGCAGGCCAACCAGGACACGGUGGAUAACGCCACUCCCACCUGCUGGUGGGCAGCGUGGUCGGCCAUGGGGUGUUUCGGAUCACCGGGCGGCAAGAGCGGCGAGGACGACCGCAAGAACCAGAAACGCCGCAGCGACGCCAUUACCAGGCAGCUUCAGAAAGAUAAGCAGUUGUACCGAGCCACUCACCGGCUGCUCCUCCUCGGCGCCGGCGAGUCCGGCAAGUCCACGAUCGUCAAGCAGAUGCGUAUCCUUCACGUGAACGGUUUCUCGGACAAGGAGCGCCGCGAGAAGAUCGAGGAUAUCAAGAAGAACAUUCGAGACGCUAUACUUACAAUCACGGGCGCCAUGAGCACCCUCACGCCUCCCAUACCACUCGAGAAGCCGGAGAACAAGGCGCGCGUCGAUUAUAUACAGGACGUAGCGUCGCAGCCGGACUUCGACUACCCCCCGGAGUUCUACGAGCACACGGAGGCCCUGUGGAAGGACCAGGGGGUGCAGCGCACGUACGAGCGCAGCAACGAGUACCAGCUGAUAGACUGUGCCAAGUAUUUCUUGGACCAGGUGCACAUAAUAAAGCAGCCGAACUACACGCCCACGGAGCAGGACAUCCUGCGCUGCCGAGUGCUCACGUCCGGCAUAUUCGAGACUCAGUUCGUCGUCGACAAAGUCAAUUUCCACAUGUUCGACGUGGGCGGGCAACGCGACGAGCGCCGCAAGUGGAUCCAGUGCUUCAACGACGUGACGGCGAUCAUCUUCGUGACCGCGUGCUCCUCGUACAACAUGGUGCUGCGCGAGGACCCCACGCAGAACCGGCUCCGGGAGUCGCUCGACCUGUUCAAGAGCAUAUGGAACAACAGAUGGCUGCGCACGAUAUCGGUGAUCCUGUUCCUGAACAAGCAGGACCUGCUGGCGGAGAAGGUGCUGGCGGGCAAGUCGCGGCUGGAGGAGUACUUCGCGGAGUUCGCGCGCUACCACACGCCGCCCGACGCCGCGCCCGACCCGCGCGACCACGCGGACGUGGCGCGCGCCAAGUACUUCAUCCGCGACGAGUUCCUGCGCAUAAGCACAGCGAGCGGUGACGGGAAACACUAUUGCUACCCGCAUUUCACGUGCGCGGUCGACACGGAAAACAUAAAACGCGUUUUCAACGACUGCCGCGAUAUCAUACAGCGCAUGCAUCUGCGGCAGUACGAGCUACUCUAACACAUAUACACACGACAACGUGAGAAGAGCUCAGCCGCCUCGGCCGGGUUCGUCGCAGCAAUAUUUACUGUAUUCGUUGUUGUAUACACUGCAUGUUUUCGCAUGUGGACCGCAACGCCGCGUAUUGCGUGAGAUGUCUCGCCUUUAUUACGAUUUCCGUUUUAAAAUAUGUACCUACCUAUACAAAAACAGUUCGAAAUUUAAAAUGUCACCCGUUCCUAACCAGUUUCGGUUUUCUCAUGUGUUGAUAAAAUUUUGAUGGUAAUCCAUUGACAAACUUUUGAAAAUGUGAAAGGGCAUACUAGCUCUUUCUUUUUUCAAUUAACUUGUUUAUUUAUCGUGUUAAAGAUAAUUUACAUACAAAACCUUUCACACGCUCGAAAAUGAACAUGGCAUACCCGCAAAUCGCCCGUACUUUAAAGAUAUAAUUAUGUUCCCAAAAGGUUUAGCUUAAAUUUCGCAGUUCCAAAGUUUUUUGCCAAUUUAUCAUAGCACAGCACUGGCCAAUCGUCCACCUGAUUGGUUAAUAAGAUUGCGUGCGAGAGAGACGACGAUAUUGCCGGUUUGUCUUCUUUAAAAACUCGAAAGUCAUUGAGUGCCAUCAGAUUAAUCCAUUUUGAACAUACGGACGCAAAAUAACAAAGAAAUACAAUUACAAAAUGUAUUGUCAUUGUUUUUUUUUUUUUUUUGAAGGCUUUGUCGUGAGACCAGUAUUGUGCAUUCUCCGUAUAUAGUCGGUCAAGUUAGAUAAAAAUAAUAAUGAAACUACAUUAGUUCCCAUAAGUCUUUUGCAGUUUUGUUCAAAGCAAUAAAUUUUAUCAAAAAAGGAUCUUAGACAUAACUGUAGAUCAUAGAAUUAUCUUAUAAGUAUUCUUUUUCCCUCAAAUCCACCGUUUCUGAAACAUAAUGAUGCAAGUAUUUGCAAGCGUUAUAUAAUAUGUAUAAGCACGUCAAGUAUAUACUCUCGACGCUGCUAACAGAUAAGAAAAAACAUUUUUAUAUCCGUGACAUUAAUUUACUUUUAAAAUAUUAUUAUAUACGCCGCUACGCUUAGCCGAAUGGCUUACUUCGCCACUAUGGAGAAAGGCCCGAUGGAAUUACUUUGAUUCCGUGGAAGAUGGGACAGUUGUUAGAUUGGGACGCUACUUGUGUCUCUUACUACGACACGUCGAUAUUAAGUUCAGGUUGCGUCCUCCACAAUCUGGAGAAAAACCCGGGUAUGGUAGCUACCGACCAUGGAUCUUCGAUUGUGUGAGUCAGGUUUUCACACGAAGCGACUUCCAUCUGACCUCCGCAGCCUUUGACGGGGAAUCUCACUCAUAUUGGUUACACAACUAGUUGCCUGAAUGGGCAGGCUUCCUCGCAAUGUUUUCCCUCACCGUAAGAGCAUCGGUUAGUAUGUGGCGUAGCAACUUCGGCGGAACACCUCAACCGGCGCAGGUAGCGGUCUUGAUAAAGGCUACACGUUUGUGCCGUUUAGAAUAGAAUAGAAUAGAUUUAUUUUCAAAAUUGGAUACAAGGUAUCACUUAUUGACGUCACAUAACUUAAAUCUAAUUAUAACUACUACCGCUUCCAAAGCGCAUGUGUAGAAGAAGCGGCGGAACAAACUACACUGCAGUUUGGAGUGGAAACGGUAGAGUCUUGGGGGCCUGACUACUAUCCGCACACAUUUAAUGUUUACUAAUAUUUCAAACGAUUUAUAUUAUAGUUUUAAUUACAUAGUCAUAUUAAGUAUAUUUUAUAUAUAGUUUAUUAUUGUUCUAUUCUUCUAUAUUCUGUAUUGAUCCCUUUUUUUUGAAGAUAAUUUUAUGAUGAUUAAUUAUGUCUAAGGUAAUUUUUCAAUGAAACUUACAAUUUUGAAGAAAAUUGCAAAAAGAAUCUGUAUUUUUUCUCGAUCGAUAAUUUUUUUUUGCUUUAACCGGAUUGAUCUCGAACGUCCCAAAUCAAGACUGAUUUGGGACGUUUUGAGAAAACGGUUGUUAUAAUGUUUUUAACAAUGUCACUUAUUUUCAGCUUGUUGGGAAUUUAUGUUCGCUGUCUUAAUUGACCUGAGAGCUUCAUAUAUCUAAAUUGACCGUGCUGUUAGGAAUUUACGACUGAUAUGAAGUAUCACAAGGUAGUAAUUUUUUUAAUGGAAAUAAAACUGAGAACACCGGUUGUCAAAGCCAAUGUUUGUCAAAAAUUUAUUGUACGUUAUUCCAUUUUUAAAUUUUGCUAUGACAUCUCACAAUUAAUUCGCGUGCAUUGUGUGUUCCCAGCCAGUGGUACGCGGGGUUCGCCUAGCCUUUUACCAAGCGGCCACUUUCACUGUGAUUUUCCACGUCAAAUGCUGGCGUUAUGGGGACAUCGUUCGAAAUUUAAAAGUUCACACACAUUUUUAUUUUGUCAUCAUAAGCUACUGGCUAUUAAAGUUCGUGAAUUCGAAAUUCGAACGAUGCUUUCAUUCAGUCGGCAAUGUCGUUCGCAUGGUGUUUCCGAACGGUCGUCCGUUCCCGAUACUGGCAACCUUUCGUCGAUUUAUAAUUAAAUGCGCCUCACUACGUUCCAAUUUUGAAAUGCCACUUAUUGUUUAAUUUUUCAUAGUAAAUUCAGCUGUACAUAGAGUGAAUAUUCAAAGUGUAGUGAUGUGCCGUUUGGUCUCGUUAGGUUGUGACGAUUGUGUUUGACUCGUAUCGGUAUGUGCCAAUUCGCGAAUGGCCGUUGUAAUGCCUGGUUUCAGUAGCUAAAAUUAUUUCCUUUAACAGUGGGUUGUUGAAAUAUUGAGGUAGUAUUAAGCUGCCAGGGAAUAAAUAAUAAGAAUAAAAUAAAAGAGGCAACGCUGCCGAGUUUAGUUGAGCUAUGAAUUGUGCAAGGAAAAAUCUUUUUUUUAGCUUCUGGAUGCGACGGAUUAGCAAAUAUUAUGUGAGUGCAAGUUGUAGUAUGAAAUUUUGUAUAGCACAGUACCGUAGACUGUCGAUGGCUUGCGAUUUACCAGGAAACUGAAAUUUGAGGAGUUUAAAUGAGAAGCGAUAUAAAAGAAAAAAAAUAAGACAACGGAAAAUGUGAGAAAUUAAUGAUGUAUCAUUUUAUAAAGAUUUUUCACUCGAUACGCCUGAAUGUAUGAGAAUCUUUCCUGUAAGUAUACCGUUACUUAUUGACAGUUGAAUAGAAGAUGUCAAUAAAAGGAUAGUCAGGAAAAAACAAGAUGGCAGCCGAUUCGGGCGGCUAUACCAUUGUUUAUAUUAAGGAUCAUCAGAAAAGGCGGUCACGAGGCUAGAAUAAGUAUUCAUGCGUCUCCUUUGAUCCUCCAAAGGAAAGUUUAAAAUCAGAACUUUUUUUUACAAAUGCAUAUCACUCGUUGUAUAUUAUGCUCAAAUUAGGCCAAUUUUUUUUUAUUAAAAUAUCAUGUUUACACAAAAUACCCGCACGAAGUUGACAGUAGUAACAUAUUAUGUUUGUUUUUUUUUCUAAAGCGUUUUUUGUUAAAUGUGUGUAUAUUUUUGAUUGCAGAUUACUGUUUUUUUUUUUUAUUUAAUUGUAAUUCGGAUGACAGCCCGCGCGGUUGUCUUAUUAUUUUAUUUAGAUAUAUUUAGUUACGAUUGUACGUCUUCCAAUUUUAUAUAUAGUUAUUAACUUUGUUUUUAUUCAUUGACCUAGAUUUGUAGCACAAUUUUUUGACUAAACACUGUAUGGCAGCUUUGCUAUAGUUUUAACAUUGUCGUAUGCAAUCGUGCAAAAUUUACUUCGCUGAGACAUAUUAUUACUUAUAUAAGACCUAGUUCUUUAUUAAUUUAUAUUUUUGAAACAUUUUGCAUGAUCGCAUAUAUAUUUGACGCGCAGAGCUUUUAGUGUAACUUUAAGGCCCAAAGAUAUAACGUCGUAUGUGAUACGACCCUUAGGAAUAACCUAUUAGCAGUAUUUGAAUUGAAAUAAUUUAAAAUAUUCAAUUAUGUCAUAUAUGUUUGUAUCUAAGACGGACACCGCAAAUAGCCUUAAGUACAAAUGAUACUAACAGUCCCCUUUAACAUAAAAUAAAUAAUAUUAUUAAUUAAUAUAUUGUUAUUUAUGAAUUGGUUUAUGUACUUACCCUGUUAGGAAUUGUAACAUUAAACAAGAAGAUCUACGAUGUAAUUUUAUUAGUUCACUAUGAAUCUAAAAAUAGACUAUUUAGUUCAAAACUAUUUUUUAUAGUUUUGUUUUUCCUAAGCCAGGUAAUUGAUUGUUUUUUGUGUGACCUCUUUUUGGGAACGCCAACGAAUAGUAAAAUAUUUUUAUUAAAAGUAUACCUUUGGAACAGGUAAUAGAUUAUUUAUUUAGCAUAAUCCCGUACAUGGUCCUUAAUAUAAGAAUGCUUAUGGUGGAAUAUUUUAUGUGCCAUAAUGUAGUGUUGCCAGCGGAAACACCAUAAUCCUAACGUUACCAUAUAAAUAUAAUCUACAAAUGAUUUGUUAAACUGAGAAUUCCUUCCUAACGUGUAAAUUUAUGAAUUGCUAUUUUUGCUUUAUAAAGAAAUCUUAGUUGUUUUUGGAAGUAUAUUGAAAUUGUAUUUUUUAUUUUGUUGUUUAAGUUCAUUUUGGAUGUAAGUAGGAAACAACGUACAUGUAUUAUAUGUACGAUAUAUGUUAUGUCAUAGGCCGCGGUCGGCCGCUCGCGGGGUUUUUAGGUCGUCGCGAAUAGAUUUUCUAUCUUAAACAAUGAAGUGUGUUAAGUUUAUAAACAGAUUUGUAUUUAUUGUAACGUAAUCUCGUAAUUUGCUGUUUUAUUUGUUGCCAUAGUAUUAUAAGAUUUAGCAUUUUUUUAAAUAGUGAAUUUUUUCUUCAAUAUUUUGCUAUGUGGGACAACAGUGCAAAUGAAUGAACUUUAAUAUAACAGUUGGACUGUUGAGGGGUUAUAAAAUAUACUAUCGUCAAAUUUGUUUUUCAUGACACUAGUCUCAAACUUACUUGGGGGCCAGCUCAAUCUGUGUGAUUUCUGUUUAUUAUUUUUCAUUAUCACGACAAAAAAUCAUGUAGAAAAUACGACAUACAACUUUUUCGCGACGAAGAAAUUGUUUUAGUGCAAUAUGGCGGCCGGCCUGCGAAAUUCAACCAUUUAUAGAUCAUUGUAAUAAUUAACAUGGCAUCUUAAACUUAUUGUAUAUGUAACUUAAAAAGUAAAAACUAUUUGGUAGCUAUUUUAAGUAAGUACUAGAGUAUCGCAAUGAAAUGAAAUGCAAAAGUAACAAUAUAUAUAUAUAUAUAUAUUUAAAGUAGACUGCUGAUGUUGUCAAAGGUUUCUUUUCCCCUUGCAGUUCUGCGGGUCACCAGUCGGAUGCAAAUAUUCAACGACUGUGAGAUUUUUUUAACAAUUUUUUUAUGAUCUAUGGGUAGGUAUUGAAAUUUUACAAUAUCGCCUGUCGUUUUGCAAAUUUUCUACAGGUAAUAAUAUCAAACAGUCUCUGUAUAAAAACGGAAUAAAAUUUAUCGUGAGAUUUGUUUUUAAAUGGAUUCUAAAUUGUUAAGACUAAAAGCUGUUUAAUGUAAUUGAUUACAAUUUCGUAUACAGUUGGUAUUUUCACAAUUCGUAAGUAAAGCAGUUAAAAAAUCUCGCAUUCGAUUAUCUAAAGGAACAUACUGCCCUAAUUGGUAUAACGUGCACGGUAUAGCCUUCACUUUGCAAGUAUUAGUUGAACCAUUCUAGGACUGGCACGAGAUGUAUAUCGAACAAACAUUCUGUCUAGCGAUGAAUUUUUUUCACUUUUUUUGUAUAAAAUUUUCUAAUGUGGUUCCUGUGGUCUUAUAAAAUUAAAAAAGGCGGCUGACUGUCUCGCGAUUGGGUAUAGCUUAUAACGUAAGGGUUUAGGAGAGAUACGUAAUUUUCGUUUUUCUAUAAUAAAUAUUUUACAGCAUAAUUUGCGAAUCUCAAUUGUCUAGAAUUUUCAAGAAGCCACAUUUUAUCACGCUCAUUGAACAGGCAAUAAAUAACAUCAAUUACUUUUUCAUGUAAUUUAAUAGUAGAAAAUUGUCCAAUUCGCCUCUUAUUAAAUAACAUUUUAUAUGAAUUUGAAAUAUUUUUCAUAAAAUUGUGACCUCACGGUAUUUUAAAAGACACCACUGUUCCAGGCAACUGGUAUCUUAAAUAUCGUCUUAAAAUUAUUCAUCUUAUCGUCCUAUUUUCUAAAAACGAGCUCAUUUUGAAAUUUUCGCUCUCCACGCCCACCUUCCUCGUACAAUUUAAGGAAAUGCAAUAACAAGUGAGUCAUGUAAUAUGUAUAAAGUAGUAUAGCAUAUUUUCUAUGUUUUUCGAUAUUUUAGAUGAAAUACUGCCAGUGUCGAUGUCAAGUAAAUGGAACGUAAUAAGGUGUAAAGAAUUUUAGAUAACUAUCAGUUUUGUGUACCGGAACGUAUCUGGUGACGAUCAUUUCAUAUACUUAUUCUGUAACCGCGGCAAGAAUUCGAGUAACUAGUUGUAAAGUACUUUGAAUUGUUUUGCGUGAUCAAUCCUUGAUAGUAGGUAAUGUUACGUCCGUUGCCAAUAACCAAAUAGUAUUGAAAAAUUCCUCCCCUUUUUUAAUAUAUCUUCAUAGUAGUUAAGUGUAUGUACUUGCGCACAAUAUGAAUGUGAGGAUGGAACCUUUUCGUUUAACAAAGUGCAGCGUUUGCCUGCAAAUAUUUUUGGUAAUGUUUUACCUAUCAUAGAAGUCGCGCUGUCCGCAAGCCCGCUUAGAUCUAUAUUUCCGUGUAGAUAUUAAUGAUGGCAUUUAAACUAGUGCUCAUAGAUAUUUUUUUAUUUUCAAUUGUAGCACAAAAAACGUAUUUUCUCUCAAUUUACCGUAGAGGUUUCUUUACUAGAUAUAUUUUGUAGCAUAUCUCCUCACCUCGUUAGUUUCGAGGGCAGCACCUUAUUUAUUCUUUUCUGACGGACGGCGGUUUACAUUUGUCAUGGUGUAUUUAAUCUUAAUACCUACGUUUAAAUAUAUACUGAAAAAUCUAUAUUUUUAACAAAUUUAAUUUUAAAAUAUACCUAAUUAAUGAAAUUCCUAAAGAUUAAAAAUGAAAUUUUUAAUAUUUAUGUGUAUAGUAGUGUGUACUGCGAGGUGAUUAUACAUAACAAAUGCUUAUAAGUUUCGUCUCCACUGACUUGUGCAAAGAGAAUAUAUAAUUUACUGUCCAUGAACUUAAUAAUAUUCUAUACCUAACUGAUGUGUACAAAAUCAGUAUGUUUCAGGCAUUUUGAAUCCGACUUAAUGUAUGUAAAAAUAAAUGUUGUUUUAAAA